UGAGAUCUUGCCACGUUUGAUAUUUCGCGCCACUUACGAUUCGCGACGCCGCCAUGGCGCAAAGACGAGCUCAGAUCUACACGGUACAGUGACAAUCUGAGACUGUAGCCCUCUGCUAACACUGCAGAGCCAACUUGGGGAUCACUGUUGGACAUUGAGCACAAAAGACAGCAACAGAGGGAGGAGUCCUCGCGCAAUAGAAACUUGCGGGCUCCGACUGGGACCGCCAAGCGGGUGGUGCAGCAGCGGCAGCCGCAUUGGGCGCCCGGGAAAUACUUGAUUAGAUCCGCACAUUGCUCAAGUGUACGGUCUGCCAAUGAGAAUGCCGCAGCAGCUCUCCCCCUUCGACCUGCUCCCAGACGAAGUUCUGGGCAGAAUACUGACGGAAGUGGGUCGCCGCCGGGGUGGCGAUGAGUACUCAUGCGAGUAUCACGUCCAGGACUUCCUGCUGGCCUCCUGCGUCUGCAAGCGCUGGUCCACACUGUGCUUCCAAGUCAAAGAUGUCGACUGGAGCUUUGACACUCUUGUGGAGGCCUUGUCGCUAGUGAACUUCGUCCAAGACGACAGGGUAUCUCUUUCGCGUCUAGGUCUCCAUGCCCAGCUUGUGCGCCUACCUACCAUUCAGCUUCCUUUGCUGUUCAACGCACUCUUCAAGUCCAGGUGUCCUGCCCGAAUGGACGUCAUUCUCGUCGAUGGCAUUGAUACAAUGCAAGCGGCCUCGGACGAGGCCUCAGACCUUGGAGGCCUGCUCAACCUUUUGCUCGAAUGCCGCAAGCUGGAGGAACUAACCAUUGACGGGCGGGGUCUUUGCUUUGAUGGCAUUGCGAGGAUCAGCACCGAUGUCAGCCAAGCACUCAACAUCCGGACGCUCAGCCUCGUAAAGGUGGAGGUCACGGCACUCUGCCUUCGAAAACUCUGGAAUUGGUUGUUUGAACGGGUCCAGUAA